AUGUACCCAGACGACACAAUGGAAGAGUUGAAAGAGAUUAUAUCCUGUCAAAAGGAAAAAAUUUGUAAGUUGAAUAAAAAACUAGAAGAGUUUGAUUCAGUUGUUUCUGACAGAAAUAACUUACGAGAACUUUACAAACAAUUUGAAGAAAGUAACGAAAAAAAUAUGAAAGAUCAUAAGAAAGCGUUUGCUGAAUUAUCAGAUAAGUGUGACCAACAAACCGAAAAGCUUAAGAAAAUUGCAAAUUCAGAAUACCAAUGGGAGCUCAAGUACGGGAAACUAGAAGACACCAACAACUGUAUAAGUCGUCAAAUAAAAGUUCUAAAAUGUAAUGAAAGUAAAUUACAAUCACAGUUAGCAGAGACUGAGACAACUUUGAAAUGUGUUCAGAAAGAAUUAUGUACCACUAAAGCGGAAUUGGAAGAAAAGAACAGUUGCGUUAAUAAAUUGAAGACAAAUUUGAAAUGCAAUGAACAAGAGCUGUGUAAAGUUCGAAAAGAACUUGAGGAUUGCAAAACUGAAUGCAAUAAACUAAACGAAACGAUCGCGGGUUUGAAUACGGAGUUAAACUGCACAAAAAAGAGCCUAUGUGAGGCGAAAAUGGCUGCUGCCCGUAUGGAAGAAAGGUUUCUACAAGAACGUGAAGCCUUAACAAACGAGUUGAAAGCAAGUUGCAAAAAAAUCAAUGACUUAGAAAUGAAAUACGACGAUGCAAUGUGUAAACUAAACGACGAGAGAUGUAAAUCCAAAAAGUUUUCUUCAAAAUUAAUAGAAUUGAAUAAAUUGAGUGCAAAGAAUCACUUAGAAAUGAAAAACCGGGUACAGAAAUUACAAGAUGAAAUUUGUGCAAAGAAUAAUGAAAUAUGUUGCUUGAAGAGAAGAAUGGCUGAGUUGCAGCAAGACAUUGACUGUAAGUGUACGGAAAUAAACGCACUGAAAAAUAAAGUUUACGAGAGGGAAUGUCAACUAAAACAAAUGUGUCUAUUGUCGGAAAAAAUUGAGCAAAUCAAGUGUUUCGUCGAAACUUGUUGUUGUCCCAAAAAGAAAUGCGAACCAAGUCCUUGUUGUUGUCCAAAAAAGAAAUGUGAACCAAGUCCUUGUUGUCCAAAAAAGAAAUGCGAACCAAGUCCUUGUUGUCCAAAAAAGAAAUGUGAACCAAGUCCCUGUUGUCCAAAAAAGAAACCCGAACCUUGUUGUGAACCAACUCCUUGUUGCCCGAAAAAGAAACCCGAACCUUGUUGUGAACCAACACCUUGUUGUCCAAAAAAAAAACCAGAUCCGUGUUGUAAACCAACAUGUUCCAUGACAGAGCCUCCAUGCGGUCUAUCCAACAGCACAAAAGCUGUGAUCCAAAAAUAUGCCUCAAAAACGAAUAACGAUAUGUAUAAAACGGAACUAAAACAAUUGAAAUGUGAUCUAGAAGAUUUACAACAGAGUAUUGGCAACAUCUAA